GUCUUCACCUAUACCACAGCCAGUUCAGCAGACUACUAAGGAAAACGGUGAUUCAGAUAAUAAAAUGGUCAAUGAGUUGCAGUCCAUUAGAGGAGAAAUACAGUCCCUUAAAGGAGAAAUGCAGUCCUUUAAAGGAGAAAUCAAAGGAUAACUUCAUUUCCUUAAUAAAAUGAUGGCGCAAUUACUCUCAGUGAAUAAGUCAACGGGUGUGACCAUCUUGGGAACGGGGAAAUCGUCUAUUGACAAUAGUCAACUGGAAUUCCCCUUGGAUACUGAAGAAGAGUUCAGCCAACUGGAAGCGUCACUGAAAAAUCCGAAAUUUAAAGAUUCCUUCAUGGCGAAACUGGCGGAGAAAUUAUCUUUUAAUCCAGAGUCUUCGUUGAGAGGGAUGCCUAAUUAUGUUAUGGAGCCUCAGCUGUCAAGUCGUUUUGCAGCAUUUGGAACCCCAAAAAUGUUAGCUCUCACUAAAUGCCAGUUUUAUGCAGUUAUAAUGUGUAAGCUUGCUUUAUUUAAAUAUUUCUUUCAGCCGUCAUUGUCAGCAGGUUCGCUUCUGCUACAAUGUCUGAGGACGAAGUUAAGAAAAUUUUAAAAAAGACUGUGAAGGCCUACUUCCAUGACAUACGUGAUCGCGUGGCCGAAAGGGAGAGCCGGUGAAGAGUUGCAGUUGACAAUAAGAAGAGUGACCAGAGGAUCUCUUCUGACAAUUCAAUGGAUCUACUUGAUGAUGGGGAGAAUUAGUAAAAGUCCAUUCAUAUAUCAUGGCACAAGGCAAUCAUUCUACUUGUGUGUAUCAAUCGCAACAGUAACUGUUCAUUAAUCCUAAAGAAUUAAUUUACUGAAGUCUUGUAAACUAUUUUCC